AUGAAUUUAAACAAUACAACUACAAAUGAUUCAUCAAUCGAACCUACAACGAUUGCAAAUACUACUACUACUACAACAACAACAACAACAACAAUUGCUGUUAUUCCAACGGUCGUAAACAAUAACGAAUUUGACAAAAAACAAACAUUGAUGAACCGUAUAAAAAAAGAAACUGAAAAACUUUUUGAAAAAGACCAACGUUUACAUAACCACGUUAAAGAACUUGUAACUCUUGUGAAAGAAUUCAAUCGGGGACACAUACCAACAAAUAAAAUAUCCGGUAAUUAUGUAAAUAUUUACGCUAUAAACGACGUAAUGAAAUCCGUUUCUGGACAAAAUAUUAUACCUUUAGAAAUUUUAAUCGCAGGCAUGUACCAAUAUCAAACUGACGAUAAAUUAUUAAAUAGUGUAUACGGUUUAAAUAUCGAUACUCGUAAAUGGAAUAACGUCAAACCUGAUACAUUGUCGGAUAUAAAUUUUCAAUCUAACAACACGACAACUUCUGCCGAAGAAAUAACGAAACAUAUAAUAACGGAUUUUAACGACGUUAAAAAUAAACUUGACAAAUUUUCGGCUAUUGCCAGUUAUGCUAAUAAUACUUGUUCGCAAUUAUUUGGUAACAAAAAUAAUCCACCUUUGCCCAAUACUGAUUUACAUUCCCACCAAAUACAAGAAAUUUCAAAAAAACCGUCAACAAUUAAAAUCCAAACGAUGGACAAGGCUGCGGUAGAAACUUUAAAAAAUAAAAUAAAACAAUUAGAAAUGGAAAUACUUGGCUUGAAAGAGAAACACAGUAGAGAGCAAACAGAAAAGAAUGAUUUAAUAAGAGCAAUAACUGUAGAUUUAGACAAGAAUGAAAAAAAAUAUGACAAUUCUGAGCUGCAUAUGCAAGAACGUAACAGAGAGAAUUUAGAAAAGUUCGCGGAAGAACUCAAGGUGAAAAAAAAUGAAAUACAAAAAUUAAAAGAUCAAUUAUCCGAUACACGACAGAGUUUAGAUGGUUGUAACAAAAAUCGUUUAGAACAAAAACAAAUGUAUUCGGAAAAAAUUCAAGAUUUAGAAAAACAAAUAAAAGAGUUACAAAAUACAAAUUUACAGCAAACCAUAAGUGAAUUAGGUGAUAAAAUUGCAAAAAUUUAUGAAAGACCAGAAUUUAAUCAACAUAUCGAGCUUAUAGAAAAAUUGAUAAACGAACGCGAUGCUCUUCAGGAAAAAAUAAAUAACACAAACGAAUCUAUGGAUUUGGACCAAUUAGAUGUAAACGCUGUGGCACAUGAAUUGUCAACAUUCGAUUCGGACAUGUUUAAUAACAUUUCCAUGUCUUUACCACCAGUACAGCACGGUAGCCGCCGUAAAAAUGAAAAUAAAAUUUCUUUACAAAAAUUAAUAGAAGACUUAAUGAAUCAACACCAAGAAUACGAAUCUUAUACCAAACAAAUAAUAAUUAUGCUGUUAAACUAUAUUGAAACUGAUCCGAACGUUUCAAAAGUUUUUGAAGAACCUUUAAAAGCGUUAUAUAAGGCACGAGUAGCUUUGAAAAAGACUCACACCCGGAAAUUUUAUUUACACAAUUCUGACAAUUCGGAAAAUGACGAAGACGACGCCGACGUGGAUAUUGAAAGCCAACAGUCGGAAAUUUUACAAAUUGAAAACAAUACUGAUAGACAACAACAAGGAUCUAGUUUACAACCGCAACAUAUUGAACUAUCACCAACUUUAUCGUGGCCUAUUUCAGUAGAAAAUGAUACAAAUUUCAAUAUCGCAGACGUUGCAAAAACAUGGAAAUUUAAUAACGACAGUGAUGAUGAUGAUGAUAUAAUAACUGUUAAUAAUUCAAAUACCGAAAACGCACAAAUCGCACACCGACAGCAUAUUGAAUCUAAUUUACCGUUAAUGCCAGAAACAACAUUGUUACCAAUUUCUGAAAACAGAUUUGAAAACGCAAUUUCCUUAUUUUUAAACUCUGAUGAAAAUAUCGACGAUAACAUAAACAUACAAACGGAAUCUAAUAAUAUCAUACCGUCAACAAUUCCUUUGGAUACGGCUCUUUUGAUUCCAACCGAGCCGUCAGAUUUAAAUUUGCCAAUAUUGUCAGAUGACGAUCAACCAAUGUCAGAUGUAUCAGAUUUACCGUCCGAGUCAUCAAACGUAAACGAUAUAGCUGUGGAAACUUGUAAACGUAAAGUAGGAUCUGAUCUUUGUUUAGAUAUUUCCGAAAACGAACAAGCCAAUCAUAUACCAAAAAUGAGAUCCAUAGUUUAUAACGAAAAAAAUAAUAAAAAAAAAUCUUUAAUAACGGCUGAACAAGAAGAAAAAAAUAAAAUACUAAAAUUAUGGGAUAAUGACUAUUCAAACACGGAUUCCGAUACUAACAGUAGUUUAUCUAGUAUAUCGACAAAUCAAAGCAAUUUACAACGGCAAUCUUUUAAAAAUAUCGCAAUGCCUGCGAUAAUCGAAGAAACUAAUUUUAACGAUAUACCGGUUAAAUGUUUCACCAACUAUGAUGAUUUUCUAAAUUUUGUUAAACUUCAAACGGUUGCUCCUCCCGAAACAGAAUAUCCCCCGGUAAACAAUACAUGGCCGUUCGAGUAUAACAAUGACGCUUUGACCUGUAAUGAAAAAGAACAAUUAUGUGAUUUAACAAUGAAAGAUUAUAUAAACGAAACUAGUAAGGAAAUCACGUCACUAAAUCGGCUGGUAUCGAUUUUUAAUGUUAUAUCUCAUAGUUGGGUAUAUGAUGACAUUACAGCUUUGUUUAUACACACCAUUGCGGCUCGAAUCGCAAGACAUUUAAAGUCUCAUAUGUUACCUGAAGUAUUUACUCAAGAUCUGGAGAGAAUGAAAGUUUUGAAAAUGCAAUCAACUUCGUUUGGAAACACUAAGCUGGGUGCUAAAUUAAUACCAACUGCUUGUGAAAAAGCAUGGAAACCUUUAAGAUUUACCAUGAUAAUUACACAAGGUGACGAAAAAGGUAUGGCCGCAAAAUCUAAAUUAUUGUACUUAGGCUAUUAUAGUAGUAUGACAACAAGUUUGCUAACAGUGGCCGCAAUGUUCUACGCCAUACCAAAUGUCAAUAAAAUUAUAUCAUGCCCGGCCAUAAAUGAAUAA